AUGGAACACAGUGGAUAUGUCGAUAACGACAAGUUUCAUGUUUCACUAGCACGAUGGAUUUCAAGGGGCACGCAUAGUUCAGGCUCGUUUGGACAACUACUUCUUCUUGAACACCAGACCCACCGCAUCCGUCUUCUGCCCACUUAUGCCCGGCGUAUCGACCUUUUCACCGACCCCGAGACGUACGGUGGUUACGACCAACUGAUCAAAGUCCCUUCGGAGGACAUGGAUAGACUUUUGGCCCAGUAUGACCGUCCUCAGCUCUUCCAUCCUUCGCUCAAUGCUACUGUAGGUUGGGAUGUAUUCCGACGCAUGGUCAUGGCCUAUCUCCCUCGUGUAUCCUAG